AUGACAGAGAAACCCAGCACCGACCUAGUCGAACAUGUCGACGACACACAGCUUGGUCAUAUCGCCGAUCAAGAUGAUCAUGAGCUGACCAAAUGGCAAAGCAUGAAGAGAUACCCAUGGAUCUUUUUAUGGUGCAUAUAUGCCGUAUGGUGCGUUCUCCUCGUGAGCUUUGAGAACCAAGCUUCCGGAAAUGUGACCGGUAUACCCGAGUUCCGCAAAGAUUUUGGCCACUUCUAUGAGGGGAGCUGGGUACUCGAGGCAAAGUGGCAGUCUGCCUUUAGUGGUGGACCCGUGGCAUCGGCGGUCGUUGGUGCUCUGUGUUCCGGUCAGAUCGCCGAUAGCAUUGGGCGCAAACUGACCAUGGGUAUUUCACUCUUGAUCACCGUUGCUGCUGUCACCUUGGAGUUUGUUGCGACGACGAAUGAAAUGUUCUUUGGGGGAAAGUUCCUCAAUGGAUUUGCUCUCGGCGCUUUAGCUUCUGUUCCCAUCACCUACGUUGGAGAGAUCUCCCCUCUUGCCCUCCGCGGAACUCUCACCUGCUUGACCGCACUGGCAUAUUGCAUUGGCCCUCUAGUCGUCGCUCUCAUCACCAACACAACGGGAACAUAUACAAACCGAUGGGCCUACCGAGCCGUUUUUGUAGCCCAAUAUGGCUACGCUGCAGUUGCACUUGCUUUGAUUGCCUUUAUGCCCGAGUCUCCAUGGUGGCUGAUGUCCAAGAACCGGGAUGCGAAAGCCUUAGACAGUCUUCGAAAGUUGGGGUACAGCGAAGAAGAGCGUGUCAAAAAACUGGCACUUAUUAAAGUCACUCUCGACGAGAUUCGACACGAGACUGAGGGUGUCACCUACUUGGAAUGCUUCCGCCGCUCCAAUCUUCGUCGCACGAUUAUUUCCAUUGUCCCACUCAGCAUCCAAGCACUCUCCGGUGUCGCUUUCGUGGCCGGCUACUCGACAUAUUAUAUCCAGCUAGCUGGGUAUAGCACGGAGAUGAGUUUCCGGCUGCAAAUUGCGCAGCAGGUUGCGUCGCUGGUUGGAAACGUCAUGUCAUAUUUCCUGAUUGACCGACUUGGUCGUCGGAAUCUGAUGAUCUUCGGUCUGGGAAUUCUCACUAUAAUCCUCAUGCUGACAGGUGGUUUGGCUGUGCUUGGGUCUGACACUACAAACCCCAGCUCUGGCGGUGCUAUCAAGGGCACUGUUGCGUUGAUCCUCAUCUACUGCUGGUGGUAUAACAUGACCAUCGGUUCAGCAGGUUAUACUAUCCUGGCGGAAGUUUCGACUUCCAGGCUGCGCAUCAAGACCAUUGCUAUCGGUUUGGCAUUGCAGAAUGCACUCUACACAAUGUGGUCUUUUGUACUGCCGUACCUGUUCAAUCCGGAUCAGGCAAAUCUUGGUGCGAAGGUUUCUUUCAUCUUCGGCGGACUGGCUACAUUGUGCCUGGUCUAUUUGUGGUUCUACCAACCAGAGACUGCAGCCAGAACAUAUGCAGAGCUUGACGAGAUGUUCGUCAAGAAGAUUCCAGCCAGAAAGUUCAAGAGGUAUCAGACUGAUGCUCAGGUUAUGGGCGCUUCGAAGCAGCAAGACGUCAAUGUAUGA